UUUUUUUUUAUUUUUUUUGGGCCCUAUUUUUUCUUUCCAGGUUUUUUCCCUUAUAUGUAUAGAAAGGUCAGACUUCCUUCCUUAAUUUCACUCUAUUUCCCUGUGCAUUUUCUAAUGAAAAACAAUGAAGAAAAGAAUCAUGGGAAGAGAAAAUGGGAUUUUCGACACAGCUCGACGAGUUUUAUAACCUAGACUGACUGACCAUUUUUUACUUGUUUACUAAAUUGACGUGGGGGGGGGGAGGGUUAAUUAAGUACCCUGUUCCUCUUCAAUAGCAGUAAUAGUUCGGAUAAUUUUAUCCAUUUAUUGUAUUUAUUUUUAUUAAUUUUAGGAAUAAAUUAAAUAAUUAUGAUCAGCAUAUUAUCCACCGCUAAACGUCCAAUUUUUGACUCAAUCAAAUCAACUUUAUCUAUUUGUGCCGUGAACAAACGCAAUGCUUCUCACACCGACAUUGUUUUUCCCAACUUUGAUGAUUAUCGUUUAGAGUCGGUUAAAAAUCCGGUUGGAUCUGAGGCUAGUGAAAGUGUUGAUGAUAGGCGUGGUACUCCAAGUGCAAUAGUUUAUGGAGUUGGUGGUGCUUGUUCUGUUAUCUCAGCAAAGGUCAUACUCAAUACGCUUGUCGAAUACAAAUCGAUGCCCGCCGAUAUGAAAGCUAUGGCUUCUGUUGAAAUCAAUUUGGAUGAAGUUCCGGAAGGAAAGACAAAAACUUUCGAAUGGCGUGGAAAGCCUAUAUUUGUCAAACAUCGAACUGAAUCUGAAAUUAAACGGGAACAGGCCGUCGAAGUUUCUCAACUUCGUGAUCCACAGAAGGAUGAGGAUCGUGUUCAACGUCCAGAAUGGUCGAUUCUUAUUGGUGUUUGUACUCAUUUGGGAUGUAUUCCAAUAUCUAAUAUGGGUGAGUUUGGUGGCUAUUUUUGCCCUUGUCAUGGUUCUCAUUAUGAUGCCUCUGGACGCAUUCGAAAAGGCCCGGCACCGUUAAACAUGGCAAUUCCUGAUUAUGAAUUCGUGAAUGAUAAUACUAUUGUGGUUGGGAAGCCAUAA